AUGCCAACAACACCGCCGACUACACCACCAGCUAUUGCGCCUGUGUUGGUAUGCGAUGAGCUACCCGAGCUGCUAGAUCCAACUUUUGCGGUGGAUGAAGAUGAGGGCGAUGAUGAGGACGUUGCCGUUGAAGUCAAGACGGGCGUACCUAUGCACCAUUAUAUGUCAAUAUUCAAUAUGCAGGCUCGUUGUGCGUUCAACUAA